CAGAAUAUACCCAAUUCCGUGCCGCUCAAACAAUUCUUAAAUAAAUCACAGUGUGUGAACUCUGAAAAAUCGUUACUUGUCACCGUUUCACAGUCUUCUUAAUUUCAACAACUAUGGCUGCAUCCGCUUCUUCUUUAACAUCGCUCUCCUUCUCCUUCCCAUUCUCCAUAUCUACCAAAUCUUCUCCCCCAAUUCCAUUCUCUUGUUCUUUCCCUUGCAAUCUCCAUCUCAAGUCACCCCGGAUCGUCUCAGUCUCCGGAGCUGUAACUCCCACCACCUCUGUUGAAAUUGACAAAUCCCCAAUCUCCGCCACUCCUAGCAAGGUUCUUCCGUUUCGGGUUGGGCAUGGAUUUGACCUUCAUCGAUUGGAACCCGGUUAUCCCUUGAUUAUUGGUGGAAUUAACAUACCUCAUGAUAGAGGUUGCGAGGCUCAUUCUGAUGGGGAUGUUUUGCUUCACUGCGUGGUUGAUGCAAUUUUAGGUGCUUUAGGUCUUCCUGAUAUAGGACAGAUUUUUCCUGAUAAUGAUCCUAAGUGGAAGGGUUGUGACUCUUCCGUCUUUGUCCAUGAAUCUGUCAGGCUUAUGCAUGAGGCUGGUUAUGAUAUUGGAAAUUUAGAUGCUACAUUGAUACUUCAGAGGCCGAAACUAAGCCCACACAAGGAUGCUAUCAAGGCCAACUUAUCUGCACUUCUUGGAGUUGACUCAUCCGUGGUAAAUAUAAAAGCAAAAACUCAUGAAAAGGUUGACAGCCUUGGAGAAAACAGAAGUAUAGCAGCUCACACAGUUGUUCUUCUAAUGAAGAAAUGAUGGUAGAAUCUGGAAAUAUCGGUACUUGAAAGAAUAAUGAUUCAUAAAAUCACGGAAAACAUAAUAAAUUAUGCUUUAUUGGCUACUUGUAUAUUGGGUCCUUGAUAUAAUGUUUUGGCGGAAAUUGAUAUAUGUAGCCGACUCCAUUUAGUGGAUUAAGGUUUUGUUGUUGUAUACUUUAUUGGCUAGUGGCUACUUGUAUACUACCGCGUUUAUACAAAAUCUUAUAGAUUAUUUGGAUGUACUGCUAAUCAUUGGUGUAACUCUUAUUUCAGAACUUGUAACCAAUUUGGUUUGUGUAUCAUUGUUUUAAUGCUUGUCAGAAUUUGCUUCCAUUUUGGUUGCAGUA